AAUUAACAAGGUUGCGCUGCACUCAAUUGACUUGGGACGCCUUCGAGCACUUCUCGCCAGAUGAACUUCCUCCCCAGGGCAGGCUGUCUAUAAACACCUUUACCUUCCUUGUUCCUCUCAUGGUUCCUUGAGAGCUUCACUUCUACACGCUCAUUAGUGGCACCACCUUACUGCCCCCCCUGUCGACCUGGUCAGCCCAGAUACUGUAAGCCUCGCCCGCAUAUCCCUUGCUGUCUGCCUGCCUGCUACCCGCCAAACCCACAGGCCCAUCAUGGUCUCAAGCUCGGCCUCCAAGGAGGGCUUGCGCCAGAGAAAUGUGGCCAGCUCCAAGAAGAACGGAGCAGCCUCAACAGGCGACGAAGUCGAAAUUGACAAGCUUGUCAAGGCCAACACCCCUACCAACAACUCCGACCUGCAAUACAAGAUUGCCCUUGCAAUCAUCACCGCUCUCGCCUUCGUGACAAGGUUCUGGGGCAUCAGCCACCCCAGCGAGGUCGUCUUUGACGAAGUCCACUUUGGAAAGUUUGCCUCGUAUUACCUUGAGCGAACCUACUUCUUCGAUGUGCACCCGCCUUUCGGAAAGCUUCUCUUCGCAUUUAUGGGAUGGCUGGUUGGUUACGAUGGGCACUUCCACUUCGAGAACAUCGGCGACUCCUACGUUGCGAACAAAGUGCCAUUCGUGGCGUUCCGUUCCCUGCCGGCCAUCCUCGGUGCGCUGACAGUCUCCGUCACCUACAUGAUCAUGUGGGAGUCGGGCUACAGCCUGCCUGCUUGCGUGGUCGCCGCUGGUCUUGUCCUCCUUGACAAUGCCCACAUCGGCCAGACGCGCUUGAUCCUACUGGACGCUACGCUUGUCCUGGCAAUGGCCUGCAGCCUGCUGGCAUACAUCAAGUUCUACAAGCUUCGACAUGAGGCAUUCUCCCGGAAGUGGUGGAAGUGGCUCAUUCUCACAGGAUUCGCCCUAUCCUGCGAUAUUUCAACAAAAUAUGUUGGCCUCUUCGCAUUUGUCACCAUUGGUUCCGCUGUGGCCAUUGAUCUGUGGGAUUUGUUGGAUGUGAAGCGCCCCGGCGGAGCCCUGAGCAUGCCCAACUUUGCAAAGCACUUCGCGGCACGAGCGUUUGGCCUCAUUGUCAUGCCCUUCAUUUUCUACCUCUUCUGGUUCCAAGUUCACUUCGCCGUCCUCAACCGCUCUGGACCAGGCGACGACUUCAUGACUCCCGAGUUCCAGGAGACACUGAGCGACAACGUCAUGUUGUCAAACGCGGUCACCGUCAACUACUACGACUCGAUCACCAUCAAGCACAAGGAGACCAAGACAUACCUGCACAGUCAUGAGGACCACUACCCUCUGCGAUACGACGACGGUAGGGUUUCCAGCCAAGGUCAGCAGGUCACAGGAUACCCUUACAAUGACACAAACAACUACUGGCAGAUCCUCCCGGUGGAAGACGACCAGAAGUUGGGCCGUGCCGUUAAGAACCACGACCUUGUGCGACUCCGCCACAUUGUCACCGAUACUAUUCUCCUGUCUCACGAUGUUGCAUCGCCGUACUUCCCUACCAACCAGGAGUUUACAACCGUCUCCCUGACGGAUGCGUACGGCGAUAGGUCACAGGAUACCCUGUUCGAGAUCCGCGUCGAAGGCGGAAAGAAGAACCAGGAGUUCAAGAGCAUUUCGAGCCACUUCAAGUUCAUCCACAACCCUAGUAAAGUUGCCAUGUGGACCCACACGACGCCCCUACCGGAAUGGGGUCACAAGCAGCAGGAGAUCAACGGAAACAAGCAGAUUGCGCCAAGUUCCAAUGUUUGGCUGGUUGAGGAUAUCCCAUCCCUGCCUCUCGAUGACAAGCGGAGGGAGAAGCCUGAGCGCAAGGUGAAGACGUUGCCAUUUUUGAGGAAGUGGUUCGAGCUGCAGCGCUCAAUGUUCUGGCACAACAACCAGUUGACCAGCAGCCACCCGUAUGCCUCGCAGCCCUACCAAUGGCCAUUCCUGCUGCGUGGUGUUAGUUUCUGGACCCAGAGCGACACCCGUCAGCAAAUCUACUUCCUAGGCAACCCUGUGGGCUGGUGGAUUGCAAGCAGCUUGCUCGCGGUCUACGCGGGCAUCGUUGCUGCGGACCAAUUCUCUCUCAGGCGUGGUGUUGAUGCCCUGGAUCACAGAACCCGAUCUCGUCUCUACAACUCGACUGGUUUCUUCUUUUUGGCGUGGGCAACCCACUACUUCCCCUUCUACGUGAUGGGUCGCCAACUGUUCCUGCACCAUUAUCUUCCAGCUCAUUUGGCUUCCACGCUGGUCACGGGCGCCUUGCUCGAGUUCGUAUUUAACGCGGAUACCACCGAGGAGGUCGCCGAAUCUGGCAAGAAUGGCAAGAAGACUGGGCCAAGGAGGCAUAUCUCGGCUCGUGAGCGAUUCGCUGGCCAGAGCAUGCUCAGCGCAUGGAUUGCGUGUGUCGUCAUUCUAGCGCUGGCAGCGUUCGGCUGGUACUUCUUCCUGCCUCUCACGUACGGCUACCCUGGCCUCAGUGUCGACCAGGUCCUGAGGCGGAAGUGGCUCGGUUACGAUCUUCACUUUGCUAAAUAGGCAUUGAAAGAUGGACAUGAUCUCAACCUCGGACGCGCUGGGAAGGUACUCAGAAAAUGGGCGUCUUUGUAAAGAUUUAAGCUGAUGAUUGGCCUUUGUGGUUCUCACAAUCGGCACAGGACAAAUGGAAUUUCGAGGUUCCCGGCUGCAAGCGGCAACGCAGAUUCAGGCGAACCUCUCUGCUUCAGUAAGACACCACGGGGUUGCUAUGGUGCAAUAUAAGAUACAGUAUUUAGGAUGCCGACGGUGCAGGGACAAUCCAUUGUAACCACAUACCGCAUAAUCCUAUGCUUAGUAUUAUGAACGUCACGCAUUAUCACGACAACCGUAAGCACGUGCAAAGAUAUACAAACUUGACUAACUUGCUGUGGGUGUGGCUUGGACGUGUUGGGUCUGCUCGCGGUGAGUCCACC